AUGCCUUCAGCAUAUCCCAAACCCAUUCUGCCACCAUCUCUUAUCGCCGUCACUGGAGCCAAUGGUUUCAUAGCCCAACACUGUAUUGCUCUUCUUUUAUGUGAAGGAUACAAGGUCUUGGGUACCGUCAGAUCUCAGACAAAAGUUGAGCAAGUUCUUGAACUACAUGGCAGAGAUCCCAAUCUCUCUGUCAGAGUAGUUGAGAACAUCACUUCCGUUGAAUCAUACAUCUCAGCCUUUGGCUCCAUUCGACCUGAUGCAAUUCUACACCUCGCUGCUCCUUUUCACUAUGAUACAACAGACUUGGAAAAAGACCUUAUGAUCCCUGCUGUCAAGGGUUCAACUGCCAUCCUCAACGCAGCAAAUCAGCUUGGUAGCGUCAAGCGCAUUGUGCAUACCAACUCAUUUGCAGGUAUCUACGAUGCCUCGAAAGGACUGCAGCCGGGCAAGAUUUAUACUGCCAAAGAUUGGUCUCCAUUGACGUACGAGGAUGGUGUAAAUGCACCAGCUGCAGCAGUUGCCUACCGCGCCAGCAAGACCGUUGCCGAAAAGGUGGCGUGGAAGUGGAUGGAAGAGAACCCAGCUGCGCACUUUGAUCUUGUAAGCUUGAACCCGGCUAUGGUGUUUGGACCAUUCCUGCAGGGCGCUGUCCCUAAGUCAUCAGAACAUCUCAACACUUCCAACCAAAUCGUUUAUGGUAUUGUCUCCGCCGGCCAAGACGGCGAGAUACCUGCCACCAAAGGCCCUGUCUGGGUUGGUGUCAAAGAUGUAGCUCUUGCGCAUCUCAAGGCUAUUCAGGUUCCUGAAGCUAGUGGUGAAAGAUAUCUUCUUGCGGCGGGAGUGUACUGUAACCAGGAGAUCGCUGAUGUAGCACGAGAGGUUGCGGGGAAAAACAAGGAUAAGAUUCCCACGGGAACACCGUGGUUGAGGGAGGCUCCUACGCAUUUUGGUGUAGAUGCAAGUGCAACUGAGAAGGCUUUGGGCAUCAAAUGGCAGAGUUUGGACGAUAUGUUGUCUGGUUUGCUGCCGCAGCUAUUUGAGAUUCAGAAGAGGGACAAGUAGAGCUUUCCAUAAUAAGCUCGCGUAAAUUGAAAGUUGGUAUUCG